AUGGUAUUAAAAUUGGAUAUUAUGGGUCUCCAUGAGCUUCUGCAAAAGAUAAACAAACCUGUUUCUUUACUGCCGUGUUGGUGUAUAAUACCUUACGAAACAAUUAAGUCGAGUUUAUCACAAAAACAAAAUGAACAGAUAGAAAACGGAAAGAAACUGAAAACCAAAAAAGAAACGAAAUUGGAGAAGAAAAGGGUAAAGGAAGAAGAAAAGAUCUUUAAGAAAUACCUAAAGGUGGCCAAUGGGAGAAAGAAAAAGUACAAAAAGGAAAGCAAGAAACAGAUUGAAAAAGAUGAGAAGGAAAACAAAAAGAAACUGAAAAAGGAACAAAAGGAACGAGCAAGACUUGAAAAGAAAGAAAUGAAAGACAGAAAAAAAUUAGAGAAAGAAAUGAAGAAGAAAGAAGGAUCAAAAGAGAAAAACGACAGUCCCGUGAUAAUCAUGCCAGUAGUUGAUGAACAGAUGGACAUUGCCACGGAGAAGAGUGAGGUUGAUUUUAAAGAUGAUGGAAAAGGAAAGAAAAACAACGAAGAAAAGAAAAAUACAAUCGGCAAAAGAUUGCAGGAUUUUUUUUAG